UUCAGUUUAAAAAGCUUCAAAAAACGAGAAAAAAAAAAAAAAAAAAAAAAACCAAAAAAAAAAAAAAAAAAAAGGCAACCAAAAAAAAAAAAAAAAGAAAUCACAAUAAAAAUUUGUAUUUUUUCAAUAUUGUAUAAAAAUAGUGUUCUAAUUCCCUCACCCCCACUUCCCUUGCAGGGUUUUUCAUCCCCAUCAUUCUCCUCACCUGGAUUUAGGGCAUCCAACUGCUGGAUGGCAAACACUAAGCUGGGAUUCCCAAAAAAACAAAACAAACAAACCCCAAAAAUUGGGAGAGCACAGCUGGCUGUGUGAGACACAACGGGAUGGAUUCCUGGAGCUUGUCCAAGCCGGUGGCUCAGCCACAAAAAUGCACAUCCAGCGUUUGUCCUGGGAGCCAACCCGGCUGCCAAAACUGCUGGAGGGGUGGGCUGGGGCAGGUGCCCCAGGGUGGGCUGGGCUCUGCUCCUGUCCCCUCCUGCAUUUCCCGCCUCUUUUCACCCAAAAUCUCCCUUUUUCUCCCAAAUGAAUCUUUCCCCCCACAAAUAAUAUAUAAAACUUCACCUCAUCUGGAUGAAAGAGAGCUUGUUGUGAUCAUCUCCAGUUUCUUUUCCCAUCUUCAGGGUGAUUUUCUUCUCCCCCCAACACUGCUGGUGUCACCUUGGGGACGCUGGGAUGGGCUCCCCGCUGCCAAACUCUGCCACAGCCCCCGGAGCUGCUUUGGGAACAACCUUUGCCUCCUCCCGCUGUGCUGCCUCCUUUCCCUCGAGGUUAUCCGUGGCAGGAGAGGCUGGGUGGGCACAGCCCCGUCCUGUGCCCGAGUUAUCCCACCAGGGAUGGUUUUGGUGGAUGCCAGGGAGCAGUGCCACCAGCCUGCCACCCCUCAGCUGUGCCCCAGGGAUGGUUUUGGUGGAUGCCAGGGGUGCUGGCACAGGGGCAGAGCAGUGCCACCAGCCUGCCACCCCUCAGCUGUGCCCCAGGGAUGGUUUUGGUGGAUGCCAGGGGUGCUGGCACAGGGGCAGAGCAGUGCCACCAGCCUGCCACCCCUCAGCUGUGCCCCAGGGAUGGUUUUGGUGGAUGCCAGGGGUGCUGGCACAGGGGCAGAGCAGUGCCACCAGCCUGCCACCCCUCAGCUGUGCCCCAGGGAUGGUUUUGGUGGAUGCCAGGGGUGCUGGCACAGGGGCAGAGCAGUGCCACCAGCCUGCCACCCCUCAGCUGUGCCCCAGGGAUGGUUUUGGUGGAUGCCAGGGGUGCUGGCACAGGGGCAGAGCAGUGCCACCAGCCUGCCACCCCUCAGCUGUGCCCCAGGGAUGGUUUUGGUGGAUGCCAGGGGUGCUGGCACAGGGGCAGAGCAGUGCCACCAGCCUGCCACCCCUCAGCUGUGCCCCAGGGAUGGUUUUGGUGGAUGCCAGGGGUGCUGGCACAGGGGCAGAGCAGUGCCACCCCUCAGCUGUGCCCCAUGCACGGGGCUCCCCUUCCCUCCUCCCUCCCCCUGGGAUACGUUUCACUGGUUUAUUUUUCUUUUUUUUUCCUUUUUCCCAUUUUUUCCUCUCCACCUCCUGCUGCCCCUCUGCAAGAGGCACGGUUCCCCCGCUGUGCUGGGCUCCUGGCAGGUGAGAUAAGAACAGACCCCGGGGUGGUUUUGCCCUUUGGCUGAGUUGGCUUUCUGUUAUUUUUCCUUUUUCUCCUCUCUUUUGCUGGCGUUGUCACAGAGCGGCGCGGCUGCCUCUCCUCUGGGUAUGACCUCUCCAAUAGUUGUGUAUAAUUCAAGAACUGUAAACUC